AGUUCUAAAUUGACACCCUUAGAGUUGAGUGUCCAUGUUUCCAUCUCUCUUUCCGCUCCCAUUCCUUACUCUCCGUAACAUUCCUUGUGGAGUGAACCAAGAAAUUCUUUCACAAAAUUUAAACCAAAUAAUUCACGUGUCAAGCAGCAAAGGAACAAAUCCACUGCAAUGUCGUGACUCUGCCAUUCAACAUGGGUAGGAGAGAGAGACGUAUAGAAGCACUGGCAUAGCUCCUCAUGGCCUUGGAACAUAGUUCCUCUCUUUCUCCAUGUCGGUAACAUUCUCCCCACCUUCUCCUUUUGACUCCGGCCGUCAAAUGAUGAGGUUGUUGUUUUGAGAGACUAGCAUACAUGGCUAUGAAUAGAAAAUUUUACUCAUCUUUCUGUAACCCGGAUGAUAAUAUGUACUUGUUUCUCUCUCUUGGUUGCCUUUGAUUCUCUUUCCAUUAAAAAAAAAUAUAUGUUCCCUACACAACCGUCCAUCCCUUCCUUGUUCCACACUUUUACCUUGUGACCGGUGGUUCGAUUCGAAAUUUGGAACGGCUCCCUGGAAGAAGCAAGCCAUGAAAACGAUAGCAGGGUAUCACACUUCUCCAACGGGGAAAAAAAAUGAUAUUGGUCUACCUUCUUUCUUUUUCUAUUGCUCCGUUAGCUUUGAUAUACUAUCCUACUAGAAGCACUCUUCGUCCAUGGCGGAUGAUGAAAAAGAAGACAACGAGAAGCAGAAAUGGAGAAGCUACCGGUGGUUUUACAACUUCGUCCCGUCCCUGCAAUCGCAGCUGUUGAAGAUCGAUUCUUGAAGAAGUUCAGAUUUCCCAAGGCCUGGGAGUCGUCGAUGCCCAUGAACCUCUUCUUGACCACACAAGCGCAGUCAGUGAGAGCCCUUCUUUGCUCUAGCGGUACCCAUGUCACAGCCGACGCCCUUCGAUGCCUUCCCUCUCUUCAAUGCAUCGUCACUGCCAGCGCCGGUCUCAACCACAUCAAUUUGGCCGAGUGUCGGCAGAGGGGCAUUGCCAUAGCUAAUUCUGGCGACUCUUUCUCUGAAGACGCUGCUGAUUACGCAAUUGGGCUCUUUCUUGAUGUCCUCAGACGUAUCUUCGCCGGCGACCGGUUCGUCCGCCGGGAAUUCUGGCCUACGAAGGGCGUGUAUCCUCUAGGCUCCAGGUCAAGAGGUAAACGAGUGGGGAUUGUUGGUCUAGGACAAAUAGGCUCUGAAGUUGCAAAAAGGCUUCUGGCCUUUGGCUGCAGCAUCUCUUACAACUCAAGGAAGAAGAAGCCAUCUAUUGCAUUUCCAUACUAUUCAGAUGUCCGUGACCUUGCAGCUAAUAGUGUUGUUCUCAUUCUUUGUUGUGCAUUGACCAAGGAAACACACCACAUCAUUAACAGGGAUGUAUUAUUAGAACUGGGAGAGAAAGGGGUUAUCAUCAACGUUGGACGGGAUGAUCUUAUUGAUGAGAAGGAACUGAUUCUGUGUUUGAUGCAAAGAGAAAUUGGAGGUGCUGGUCUGGAUGUGAUUGAGAAUGAGCCUGAUGUGCCCAAAGAGCUUCUUGUGUUAGAUAAUGUUAAAUUGUCUCCACAUAGAGCUGUGUGGACACCAGAAUCCCUUCUGUCAUUGCAGGAUUUAACGAUAGCCAACUUGGAGGCUUUCUUCUCGGAUAAACCAUUGGUUUCAGAAUUCAGAGGUGAAGGAUGAUUGAGAAGACCAUCCAUUAGGUAAUAAUAGAAAAGGAUUCAAACUACUUCUAUGUAAGAUCCCUUGGUUUCUUUUUUUUAUCCUUUUACAAAACUUUAUGUAGAUUAUUGUUCUUGCUUGUAAGCAUAUGACUGAUUUGUAGUGGUACAUUAUUAUAGUUUGUUGUAUAAGCAUGCGUUUGAUUUGUAAUGGUGCAUUAGGUUAUUAGUCGA